AUGAAGCACCUGGUUAAGCGCGUGGUGUUGAAGAUGCACUCGUGUCUGGAAUGUGGUAAAGCCUUCAGUAAGAAGGGAAACCUGAAGAGACACCAGAAGAUCCACACAGCAGAGGAGCUCUUCACUUGUGGGGAGUGUGGGAGACGCUUCACAACCCAGGGCCACCUCACGACCCACCAGAGUAUCCACACAGGAGAGAGGCCCUUCUGCUGCAGGGAAUGUGGGCGCUGCUUCCGCCUGGAGAUAUGCCUGGCUGCCCACCAGAAGACACACACCAAGGGUGGGCCUUACCUCUGUGCCCACUGUGGGAAGAGCCUGAGCACAAAGAUAUACUUCAACAUCCACAUGCGGACCCACACAGAGAACAGACCAUUUGCCUGCACUGAGUGUGGGAAGAGCUUUGUGAAGAAGGGGACACUCACUGCACACAAGGAGAUCCAUAAGCGAGAUAAGCCUUUCAAAUGCCCUGAUUGCAGCAGGUGUUUUGGGCAAAGUGCCACACUGCUGGCCCACCAGAAGAUACACCUCCGUGGAGGGCCCUUCAUUUGUACUGAGUGCGGGAAGAGUCUGAGUACCAAGCGGUAUUUCAAUGUCCACCAGAGGAACCAUGCUAAGCAAAAGCCGCUUGAGGGACACAUCAAUGGCAUGCCUCUCCGAAUCAUCCAAAUUAAAGAAGAGCCUGACUUGUCCUUUACAUUGGAGGAGGAUGUGUUGGAGAGCAUGUCCUGUGAUGGAGAUGGAGCUCAGGGGUGUAGUAUACCUAGGAACCUAACUGAUCCAAAGAGCCCUCCUUGGAAAAUCCAGAUGAAGGAAGAACCAGAACCAGCCAUUGAAGGUGAAGUAAAUAUUACUGCAAUAGCCUGCCAAAAACUUUGUAUCAAAGAAGAGCCACCAGAAAACCUGGACUGUGGAAAGCUCUUUGAUCCAAAGAUCUCAUUGAUGGCUUUAUGCAGAAGCCAGGUUAAAAAAGGAGAGGCUGAUGUGCAGCAAGAGGAAGAAAUCCCCACAGUCAGCAAUCUAGUGCUCCAGGUGAAGGAAGAACCACAGGAAAGUAUUGAGUAUGAGAUUCACUACGGGCAGAAGACAAACCUCAGUGCCAUUCAGACGAUUCAAAUUAAAGAGGAAGCCAAUAUGGAGGCUGACCACCAGGAAAGGGAGAGCUCGAAAAGGAACCAGAAGAAAUGUCAUCAGCUUGCCAAAGAGGGGCUGCUGGAGAACCAAGAGAAAUCCAAAUCCAAGAAAGAUCGCUCAGCAAAGGGAGUUCCCAAAAGUGAGCGGAUAUUCCCCUGUCCUGAGUGUGGGAAAAGUUUCAAUCAGAAAUCAAACCUGACCAGACACCAGAAGAUCCACACAAGCGAGGGGCCAUACAAAUGCAGUGAGUGUGGGGAGAGCUUCCGCAUGAACCGGAAACUGAUCCGGCACCAGAGAAUCCACAUGAGUGAGCCAUUUAAAUGCACUGAGUGUGGGAAGAGCUUCACUCAGCGAUCAAAUCUGAUUCGGCAUCAGAGGAUCCAUACCAAGGAGGAGCCCUACCAGUGCCCUGAGUGCGAGAAGACCUUCAACCAGAAGGCCAAUCUCUUCCGGCACCAAACAAUUCACAUUCGUAUGGGACCUUGCAAAUGCACCAAGUGUGGAAAAUGCUUCCCCCAAAAGCGGCACCUCAUUAAACACCAGCUGCUCCAUUCCCGAGGAGGGGCCUACAAGUGUGGGGUGUGUGGGAAACGCUAUCGACUGAAGAAGUACCUGAGAAGGCAUCAGAAAAUCCACAUACGGGAAGGAACUGUCCCACACAUGAAAAGGGGGGGAGGCCACAAGGAGCAGUAACAGUCCCCACCACAAUGAGCAGAGAGUUCUGGGCUCUGUGAAGAGCAAAGACAAGAGUUGAUCUGCCCUAGUCCCCACACCUGGGAGAAAGCCCUUUUGAGAAGGGGAAUGGGAACAAACUCUGCUGGCCUUAUAUAUGCAGAACCUCUGGUGGGAUUUAACCUGAGUAAGGUAGAAGGGGCAGAGCACUGCUGGAAACCAGUCCUCUGCUGCUGUU